AUGGCCAGCUCAGCCGGAUCCGCCGCUCUAUCCUUACCACGGUUCCUCCUCCCGCGCCUCAGUUGGCAAGGGCCCGCCGCUCCGUCACAUGUGUUGCGAGCCGCAGCCUAUACAUCACAGGACCAACGAUUAUGUAGAACAGCCGGAUUACAUACGGCGCAUGGAGUCACACAACGCUCACCCACAAGGCCACCUCUUGCAUCGUCAAUUCUGCUACGCAACCCAUCUCUGCGAAGGUCGUUCCAUGUGACACCCCGCCUCGGAAGGGAUCAUCAUUUCGAUACCCUGAAGUUCGUACAGCGGCUUCAGAGCGAGGGCUUCACGGAGGAGCAGUCCGCCGCCAUGAUGAAAGUCCUCAACGACGUUAUAGAAGAGAGCAUCCAAAACCUGACCCGGACGAUGGUACUGCGAGAAGACGCCGCCAAAGCUACAUAUACCCAGAAGGUCGACUUUGCCAAGCUACGCUCCGAGCUCCUGUCGGCAGACAGCACCGAGUUGAACACCACGCGCGCGUCACACGAGCGGUUAACCAACGACAUAACCAAGUUGAACAGCCGGCUGCGCGACGAGAUCGGGAGAACCCAGGCGUCAGUGCGGUUGGACCUGAACCUGGAGAAGGGUCGUAUACGGGAGGAGGCCGUGAGCCAAGAGUUGAAGAUCAAGGAGACCGAGACCAAGAUCGAGCAGGAGGUUGCGGCACUACGGGAGAAGCUGGAGCAGGUCAAGUUCCAGACCCUCCAAUGGCUGAUGGGUGUUUGCACCGGUUUUGCGGCGCUGCUACUCGGUGCCUGGAGAUUGCUCAUGUGA